UCUCUGUUCUUCAUCUCAAGAUUUCAUUUCCCCUUAUUUCUCUAAGAUAAUCUCUGUUCUAAGAUUGCACCACACAUUCAUCUUGCUUCUCCUGGAUUUUACAAUGCUGUCUUGUGUUUUUAUGUUCUGGGUUUUGCUUACUUUGUUCUUUUCUUGCUUCUUUGAGUUUGAUUUUGCCCAGUAACAAAACUUUUGUAGGUGGGUGAAUCUAUUUUAGGUCUGGGUGUUGAAUGCUGUUGUGGAAACUGUGAUUUUAGAGGGAUUUCUGGUUGUUGAAUUGAUUACUUGCAUGCAUUUUUAGGUCUUAACUAUUUUGUUAUACCAAAAUUUAGUUCUCGAUUAGAGUUGGAAGGAUUUACGGUUUUAGUAGUUUGGAAUUUGGAUUGUGGAAUGGAGAUGUGUUAUGUGGAGUUAUUGAUGAGAAAAUUAGAGAUUUUGUUUAGUUGCAUUUAGUUUAGGUAAUCAUCUGCUUUCAUUUGCUUCUGAUUGUUGUUUGAAUCAAAUAGAAAUGGUGAAGAUCUGUUGCAUUGGGGCUGGCUAUGUUGGUGGCCCAACAAUGGCGGUGAUUGCUCUCAAGUGUCCCUUCAUCGAGGUAACUGUAGUCGAUAUUUCGGUUUCGAGGAUCGAUGCUUGGAAUAGCGAACAGCUUCCUAUAUACGAGCCAGGCCUUGAAGAUGUGGUGAAACAAUGUAGAGGGAAGAAUUUGUUUUUUAGCUGUGAUGUUGAGAAACACGUUGGUGAGGCUGAUAUAGUCUUUGUUUCUGUCAAUACACCAACUAAAACAGGCCUUGGAGCUGGUAAAGCAGCUGAUCUUACGUAUUGGGAAAGCGCUGCUCGGAUGAUCGCCGAUGUUUCGAAAUCGGACAAGAUUGUGGUUGAAAAAUCUACUGUCCCUGUGAAGACAGCUGAGGCCAUUGAAAAGAUAUUGACUCACAACAGCGACGGGAUUAACUUCCAAAUACUCUCAAACCCUGAGUUUCUUGCUGAGGGAACUGCUAUUCAAGACCUUCUUACUCCCAACCGGGUUCUUAUAGGUGCGGAAACUCCCGAGGGAAUUAAGGCGAUAGAAAAACUAAAAAAUGUGUAUGCUAACUGGGUGCCUGUUGAGAGCAUUCUGUGUACUAAUCUAUGGUCUGCUGAACUAUCAAAACUAGCUGCCAAUGCCUUUUUAGCUCAAAGGAUUUCUUCAGUUAAUGCCAUUUCCGCCCUCUGUGAGGCAACUGGUGCAGAUAUCAGUGAAGUAUCGCAUUCGGUUGGUACGGAUACAAGAAUUGGCCCGAAGUUCUUGAAUGCGAGUGUAGGUUUCGGCGGUUCUUGUUUCCAGAAGGACAUUUUAAACCUAGUGUAUAUUUGUGAAUGUAAUGGCCUUCCAGAGGUAGCAAACUACUGGAAACAUAUCAUCAGAAUAAACGACUACCAAAAGUCCCGAUUUGUCAAUCGAGUGGUUUCAUCCAUGUUCAACACUGCCUCAGGCAAAAAGAUAGCCAUCCUCGGAUUCGCAUUCAAGAAAGACACAGGAGACACUAGAGAGACACCCGCCAUUGAUGUGUGCAAAGGUUUGUUAGGCGAAAAGGCAAAUCUAAGCAUAUAUGAUCCACAAGUUUCUGCAGAUCACAUCGAAAGAGACCUUUCAACGGAGAAGUUCGAUUGGGAUCAUCCGGCUCAUCUUCAGCCAAAGCCGACUGCUAUAAAACAAGUUCGCGUCGAAUGGGAUGCUUAUGAAGCAACAAAAGAUGCUCAUGGACUCUGCUUUCUAACCGAAUGGGACGAGUUUAAGAAACUUGAUUUCCAAAGAAUCUACAACGAUAUGCAAAGGCCUUCAUUCGUGUUUGACGGUCGCAACAUUGUCGAUGCCGUGAAGUUGAGACGCAUUGGUUUCAUAGUUUACUCUGUGGGGAAGCCAUUGGAUCCAUGGCUGAAGGACUUGCCCGCUGUUGCUUGAAAUAUGGAGUGAAAUCAAAAUGCAGGAAAAUCAGGUGGAGACUCAUAAUCAAGCUUACACUCAUAUAACACUCCCUAUCAAUGUCUCUCAAUACUCAAUAUCAAUGCAUUGAUAACAAUUUUGGUAUUCAUCGAUAAAAGUAGUGUCAAUUGUCAAUUGUUACAAUAAGAUUUAAAAAAAAUUAAACUUAGGUUGAAGGUUUUUCAUUUU